AUGGGGCUGGAGCUGUACCUGGACCUGCUCUCGCAGCCCUGCCGCUGCAUCUACAUCUUCGCCCGGAGCAACAACAUCCCCUUCGAGUUCAAACACGUGGAGCUCUUCAAAGGGCCAUCAAGCAGUGAAGGAGCUGGCAAAGUCAGCCUCCUGAAGAAGGUACCAGCAUUGAAGGAUGGAGACUUCACCCUAGCAGAAUGCACAGCCAUCCUGCUGUAUCUGAGUCGGAAGUACAACACUCCUGACCACUGGUACCCAGCAGACAUCCAGAAGAGGGCCCAGGUGGAUGAGUACCUCUCAUGGCACCAUGCUAAUAUCCGGGCUAGUGCUCCCAAGACCAUGUGGAUCAAGGUGCUGAUUCCCCUCUUCACAGGGCAGCCACUGCCCUCUGAGAAGCUCCAGGAGGUUAUGGAGGGACUCUCCAGCUCCCUCAAGCAAUUUGAGGAAAGGUUUCUGCAGGACAAGGCUUUCAUCAUCGGGAGUGAGAUCUCCCUGGCAGAUCUUGUGGCCAUUGUGGAGCUGAUGCAACCUGUUGGAGUUGGUUGUGACAUCUUUGAAGACAGACCAAGGCUGAUGGAGUGGCGCAGGCGAGUGGAGGACGCUGUGGGGAAAGAGCUUUUCUUCCAAGCCCAUGAGAUGCUCCUCAACAUCAAAGAACUGAGCAACAUUCAAAUUGACCCACAACUGAAAGAGCACCUAGCACCUGUGCUGAUGAAGAUGCUGAAAUGA